GCUCCGGGGGGUGCAGAGCACCCUCUCCCGGCGCUGCCUGCGAGCAGCUGCGGGGACUUCUUUUUUUUUUUUUUUUUUAAAUCAUUAAUUUUUUUUUUUUUUUUUUUUUUUUUUCUGCCUGCCAGCUGGGGCGGCUCGUCCCGUCCCGUCCCAGUCCCGGUCCCGGUCCCGUCCCGGUCUCACCGGGCAGCGGAAAACCUCUCGCCGGGGGAUGCAGAGCCCCGCGCCCCGCGGCUGAGCGGGCUCCCGGCCGGGGCUCCAUGGGCUGCACCGGCAGCGCCCUGCGCUGCUGCCCCGCCGGCGGCAAGAGACAGCUAAAAGCCCAGCAGCAGAGGGAACCGGCUUCCCAGGAGCUCACGGCCUUGAAGACAGAGAACGCCAAUGCCACCCUGUUGCCUGAGGAUGGGAAGGAGAAGGCAGCACUGCGAGAGGAGCGGGCGGAGAGCACGAGACUCCUCCGAGGCCAGGAGGAGGAGGAGGAGAAGCGGCUAUGGGAUGCCAGCCGGGCGGGCACCGUGAGAAUCACCCAGGACAUUAACAACCAGGUGGAAAAGGGAAAAGACCUGGAGGAGCAGUUUGAUGCCCUGAGGAGAGAGCACACAGAGACCCUUCAAGAGCUCCAGAGAGCACAUGAGCAGGAGAAGGUGCUGCUGGCAGAGUCCUACCACAGGUCCCAGGCAGCCCUACAGGAGACGAUCCAGGUGCUGAAUUCCCAGCUGAAGUCCUUCCAGGAGAGGAUGAAGCGGGUGGAGGAGUCGCUCUUGAGCACAGACUACAAGAAGCACAUCCAGGAGCACGGGAGUCCCAGCCCCUUCUGGGAGCAGGAGCUGGAGAGCCUGCACUUUGUCAUCGAGAUGAAGAACGAACACAUCCACAGCCUGGACAAGAAGCUGCUGAACCUCGAGACUGUGGUGGAGAGGAACCUUCUGCUGGAGGAGAAGGUGAAGACUCUCCAGCAGGAGAAUGAGGACCUGCAAGUUCGCACCCAGAACCACUUGGUCAUGGCGAGGCAGCUGUCGGAGGAGCUCCUGGCCGCUCGCGGGGCGCUGGAGAAGGAGGCACAGCUGCGGGAGCAGGCUCGCCGCGAGAAAGAAGAGCUGCUGUACCGCGUGCUCAACGGGGGGGACGGCACCCCCUUCCCCAUCGCUGCCAGCGAGGUGCCCCUCAUCGCCACGUAGCACGCCGCCGACCGGCACCGCGCGCUGCCGGGGGGGCUGUCGGGGCUUUCCUCCGGGCGCGUGAGCCCAGGGCUGCUCUCACAAGUGCCCCCCGCUACCGGGGCAGGCCCCCGGGGCAUCCCCGUCCAACCGGGGUGAUGGAGCGUUUCACAGGACACUCGCGCCUGCCUUUCCCCAGCCUGCGUAGGGCUGCAGGGGGACUCCGGCCGCCCCCCUGUGCCAUCCCUGCACCCCUUCCUCCGGUGGGCUUUCUGGGGGUAAAAGGGGUCAGCCAGGACACGCAGACAUGCAUUGGGCUGGAUCCGACCCAACGCUUGGCUCUGAGCGCAACCAGCGUCAGGGCUGGCCGAGGGAGCGAGGCGAGGAAGAUGAGGCGGUCAUUGGGAUGGGGAUGAGCACUGGGAGGAUGAGGAGGGUGCUGCGGACGUGGUGGUGUUAAGGUACCUUGCUCCCUGGGGAGCAUCCCUGGGAAACGGGUGGCCAAACCCAGGGCUGAGCCACGGAGGCUUUCAUGGGGCAGCAGCAAAGAGCAGGAGGGAGAGGUGCAGUUGGGUAUAUCUGCCACCUCCGGUGCUGCCCUUGCUGUAAGUCAUGUCAACCUGUCCCAUUUUGGGGCUUGGCCUCCUGCUCAGGCUGCUGUGAGCCAAUACCACCCAUUCCUGCCAUUUCCAGUGAAAGCAGGGCUUCCCCUGCCUGCGACCUGCCUCGCUCCCUGGGGAGGAGGGCGAGGCAGGACUCCCACCCGUGCCUUCCUCUCCCCAUCACCUCCUCCAUCUUCAGCAAACAGCUCCCAGGGACCGCUCCUGCAGCCCAGGUGUGCCCCCUCUCACUACCACAGAGAUGCCAAGCCCUCUUUGUCCCCACUGCCCAUCAGCAGCACCACCAGCCCCAUCUUGUCCC